GACUUUUAUCCGUCAGAUUUGUUGCACUCAAUCGUUUCAAUGAAAUAAAAAGAACAGUUAUUAUUACAUUAAAAUAGUUUAUUUAUCAGUAAGUCUGUGCUAUAAUAGUUCAUAACAAUGCGUAAAAGUACCGCACCCAGUCAAAGCGUCGCCCUCACCCCGGUGAAUUCCGCCUUCAAAAGUCCGAUUUCCCUGUCGAACAAACGGACCCGAGAAUGUCGCGACCGCGCCAAAGACAAAAUCAAGGACACGGGACCACCCCCGCCGAAGCUGUCCGCGUCCGAGUUCGAACUGAUGAUCCAGAAAAUCCUCUCGCGCCCCUUCAAGGUGCCGAUUGCGAACUACGUUCCGGAGCAUACGACCCGCUGUCUGGGGAUGAAACGGCCGGCGGCCCGACGGGCACUACACGAUCCGUUUGCGUGCAAUGCGCUGGUGCUGUUCACGCCGGAGGAACUAACGGAGCACGACAAGCUCAAGACGGAUCCGGGCAAGAUUCAGGUGCACGUCGUGGUCGAUCCGCUGCUGGGAAAUAUUUUGCGGCCGCAUCAACGCGAGGGCGUCCGGUUCAUGUACGAGUGCGUGACGGGUAAGCGAGGAGAUUUCCAGGGCUGCAUCAUGGCCGAUGAAAUGGGGUGAGUACAUAUUGGAUUCGCUUCGGUUUGGUAGGGUCGAACAGUGGGUACAUAAUGAUGAAAACUUGGCAAACAUCAGUAGUAUGCUGAAACACUUUAGCAGUAGACAUUAUACUUAACUUAUCGCGUACAAAAAAUGGGUCAAAAACUGCCCAAAAUAGAAGCCAUGCCAAGGUGGUUCCACAUCUCUUUCGCUGUUGAAUGGGGUUUCAG